GAGUUAUCGAGUGUGCGGUGUGACGACUGUGAUCUCCUGCAGGUGUAUGCUCGAGGUGUCCGGAUAAAGUGCAGUUCAGUAAAAGUUUAAUGAGGCGUAACAGCGUACAUUAGAAAGCAACAGUGACCAAGCGAACACAUCCGAUUUCUUCCGUUUAUGCGCCUCACUCGUACUGUUUUCAGAAUGGUGGUCCGACAUAAUGCCAGUGGUUGGGACGAGUUCGUCAAACUUGCCGAAAGUCUCGAACCCAAGGGUGAACCGGUGCAUGUUUUCUUCAAGGGCGAUAAGGAUGAGAAGGGAGACAGCUGGUGUCCGUACUGCGUCAGAGCGGCCCCGGUUGUGGAGGAAGCACUGCCGUUGGCUCCGGACAAUAGCCACUUCAUCACUGUUGUAAUCGAUCGUCCUUUCUGGAAAGAUCUGAACAACCCUUUCCGCAAGGAUCCUCGGACUCAUCUUGUGUUUUUGCCAACUCUGUUGCGCUGGAAGUCCCCGCAACGAUUGGACGGCGAGCAAGUAUCCAAUAAAGAUUUGGUCGAGAUGCUUCUAUCCGAUGAAGAUUGAAUCAGUUUGACUUCGGAGUAAAAAUCUCUUCAGGUGUUAAAUGGCGUUAAACUGGAAAAGUGUCAUACUUAUAUAUUUUCUAAAAUAAUAAAAUAAAUAUACUGAUUUGAAUUCUAUUCUGCUACAUUAUAUAA